AUGCAGUGUGUAAGAAAUAUCAGCCAAGAAGUCUGGCAGGACUGUAUCACCCUCUUCCUACAGACUAGGGUAUGCUGUGAUGCUGCAAUCAUCACCAACUCCCCACCCUGGCUAUUAGCUUCUUAUCCUGAAGGCAACUUGAAUCAGUUGACCCAGGAAGAAGUUCAGAUCCUGCUGGCAAAAGAUGAGAGAGAGAAGUUGUUUCUCCAGGGGAUCACUCUUGCUGGGAUCAAAUGCUUGCUGAUCCGAGACAACCUGUACACCGAGGGCAACAACACCAUGGACCUGCGCACCAAAGGCCAGAGUCGUGGCAGCCAGGCAGUGACAGUAGUUCAGAUCGAAACUGCAUACCUUGUGGUGAUGGGACAAAAAGGAACAGAAGGAGGGCCGCUCAACCUCAAAGCUUUUGAGAUGGCGGGUUACAUCAGAGAAGCCAUUCAUCAACACCUGGCUCGUGUGUAA